AUGUCUGCCGAAGAACCAGCAGUGGCUACAAGCCCCGCAAAUGUCGUGAAGUCAAAGGCAGGAAGUACGGAAUCUGCGCCUUCUUCUAUACCAGCCAAAUCUUCGAGUACGAAAGCAGGAAAUGUAAGGGAAGCUGCGACACCCACUCCCGAUGGAGGAAAGCUGUCGGCCGCCGAAUUGAAAAAGAAGGCAAAGGAAGAGAAAGCCGCACGUAGAGCUGCAGCAGUACAAAAUAAGGCAGGAAGCGAAAAUGUAACUCCUGCGCCCGCAGCAGCAGGGCAGAAAAAUGAACCCGUGAAAGGAGGAAAAGCUCAACCCAAGAAAGGUGCAGAAGUACGAAACUUACCAGUGAGAGGAGGGCCGACAAAAUCUGCUCCGGUUAUAGAAGUGCCAAAGGUUGAAGAUAAGACAGUCGAACUAUUUAGGCAUUUAUACAAACCUCGAACAACUUCAAUUGCUGAGGCAGGCAAAGAUGUUCAUCCUGCAGUGCUUGCCCUUGGGCUGCAAAUGAGCAAUUACAUAAUAUGUGGUAGUUGCGCAAGACUCGUGGCAACGCUGCAAGCAUUCAAAAGGGUUGUCGAAUCCUAUAAAACCCCUGUUGGGGCAAGUCUCACACGUCAUUUCAUACCACAUGUUCUUUCUCCUCAGAUUGAAUACUUAGCUUCUUGUCGGCCCCUUUCGGUAUCUAUGGGUAACGCUAUUCGCCACCUUAAACUGGAGAUAUCAAAAACCGACCCAGACCUGUCAGAAACUGACGCAAAAGAGAACGUUUGCGAUGCCAUCGAUGUCUUCAUGCGCGAGAGGAUUACUUUUGCUGAUAAAGUUAUCGCCGAUACUACUGCGGAGAAGAUUAGAGAUGGUGACGUUAUAUUGACUUACGCCAAAAGUAGCCUGGUGCAAAAAGCGCUAGUGAGAGCUCACGAAAUGGGUAAGAAAUUUAGAGUCAUUGUGGUUGAUUCUAGACCUUUACAUGAGGGGAAGCACUUGGCAUCAGCACUCGUCAGUCUAGGCAUCGAAGUCAAGUACUGCCUGAUUCAUGGAUUAAGUCACAACAUUCAAGAUGUGACAAAAGUUCUACUAGGUGCUCACGCGAUGACGAACAACGGACGAUUAUACUCAAGGAUAGGCACAGCUUUGGUCGCCAUGGAAGCUUCCAACGCUGAUAAGCCGGUGAUUGUUCUUUGCGAGACCAUCAAGUUCACUGACAGAGUAGCUUUGGAUUCAAUUGUCCUUAAUGAGAUUGCGCCAGCAAAUGAGCUCGUGAUUGCCGGAGGACCAUUGGAGAAUUGGAUGGAUGUUAAGAAACUCCAACUUUGCAAUCCAAUGUACGAUGUCACACCUGCUGAGUACAUCCAGAUGAUUGUUACGGAAUCAGGAAGUAUACCAACUACAUCAGUCCCAGUGCUUCAUAGACUAGUAAACGAAGCUCAAUAG